GAUGGGCAAAGCACCGGGUUUAAACCCGGUGCUUUGGUAAAAACCCAAUAAACACCCAUAAACUCCCAUAAUCACCCAAAAAAAUAGGUUUUUACGUAUUUUUUUGAAAAUAUGUAAGUAAUACCAAUAAAUUAUUUUUAUAAAUUGUAUUGAUCAAUUCUACAAUAUUAAAUAAAACGUUAACUAAUAAUAUUUCAGGAAAUUUUAAAAAUCUAUAUAUAAUAAAAUGAAAGUAAUUAAUUUUCAGUGUUUUCAUGUUGCAGUUGAUCAACAUGUUGGCCUUUUGCUUCCCGUAGAUACUUUAAAAUUUCUUCAUAACACCUCGUUCGCACACAUGGCCGUAUAUAUUUAAAUUCUUGAGCCACUAACAGUCCGAAAUACUCAUUUCUUUUAUCCUCUUCUCCAUAAAUUAAGCAUUUAGAACAGUUUGUUUCUUCUUUCAGUAAAUUUUCUUUUACUUUAUCCUCGUUUUUUUUUUUUGUUGCGACGACGCUGGGUAAAUCAUCUGGACACUGGGUCUCACUAUCGCCAAAUAUAUUUGGAGAUCGGCUUCGGCUACGGCUUGGCAGACAUUUUUUUCUUUCUACAAUUUUAAAUUAAAUUUAUUAGAAUAAAUGCUUCGAACACACGCGAUCUAAGUACCUUUUGUGUUUAUUAUACCUUACCUACCUAGGUAUAAAAAGAGUACUUACGUAGAUUUUCUUUUAUUAACUGUUUUAUACGAAGAUCUUGAUCUCUCAAAUUAGCAUCCAUUUUACUUCCAGUGAUUAUCAACUAAAUUAAUAAUCCACAAAGUAUUAAAUAACGUUUUUAUGAAAUAUUUAGCACAAAAACAAUACCCUUUAAAUAUCGAUCGUCAGUAACUGUGGCUGACUUAUCUAUAUUCUAGCAAGCAGGACUGCCAGAUGUGAAGGGGAAAUCCCCAAUAAAUUGUUGCAUGUGACUGAUGAUGUGAGCAUGUUCGUUUCAUAAUAAAAAUGUUGCCAGGUAACCAAAAAGUCGUAUGUUUUUGUGCGAAUUACGAUCAUAAUCUUUACGAUCGUACAUUAAAAAAUAGACAAAUAAUAGUAUGAGUACGAUUUAAAUCGUAUAUCUGUCAACCCUGCUAGCAAGACAGCGACAAAAUCACGUUGCAUAACAAUGUAGCCCAAGCUUAUAUCUUAUGAAAUAUACGGAAGAGAUACGGACUUAGAAAAAACAGAAAUGUUGUUCUUUGUGGAAGUCAUUGAUGAAAUUCUAUGUAUUUUAGCCCGCAAACUUUCUUCAAACAAAAACAGCGCCACCUAGUAUCGAGUUCUGUAAUUAUCUCUUUGUUUAUGGAUUUGAAGUAAGACCGCCACGCAUGCAAUACAUUAUGACUGGGGAUUCCCCUAUUCGUCGACGCUGAAUAUGAGGCGACGACAAUCACUGUCAAACGUGUUCACUAUUACUCUGACUCUGGUAACGUGACUUCCUGGUAACGUGUUAGGUAGGAAAAGCAGUAAAAAAGUGCAUAUUAAGGGAGCAGAUUUGAAAUAAUAUUUAUACUUAACAAGAAAUAAUUAAAGGUUCAAUGGGGAGACCUAAAGAUUUACGCAUAUGGGAGCACUACCGUACUUUACCAAACAAGUCUGUUUCUUGCAAGCUUUGUAAUAAGGUCUACAAAUUCAGUAAUGCUGCCAAAAUGCUUCAACAUCUUAUCACUUGUCCAAAAUCUCCAGAAACAUUAAAAGACUAUGAAACUUAUAAAAGAUAGCUCGUCCAAAACCAAAAUGUCUGGACUGUCAGAGAUAGAGACAAAUGAUUCUUUUAUAAGCCCCUCGUCGUCUGCUAACACUACAAUAAAUGCUGAGUUUCAAGACACCGAUGAUCAUAUAAAAACAGAAUUAGCGAGAGCUAUAUUUGUAACAGGGACGCCAUUAUCGAUGGUGCAACAUCCUUUAUGGAUACAAUUUUUCGAAAAAUUGCAACCAAAAUUUAAAAUACCUUCACGUAAAGCUUUAGCGACAAAAUACUUAGAUAAAAUAUAUAGAGAAAUGCGUUUUGAGUUAAAUGAGGAACUAAAUGCUUGUAGUUACUUACACCUUCAGUGCGAUGGCUGGUCUAAUUUAAGAAAUGAAGGAAUAAUAAACUUUCUUAUAUCAAAACCUCAACCUGCAUACGUUAAAAGUUUGAAUACAGAAAGUAAUCCUCACACUAGUGAAUACCUUAGCCAAGAAGUUGAAAAAGUAAUGAAAGUGUAUGGAGCAAAUAAGUUUCUUGUACUUAUUGGCGAUAACGCUAGAAAUAUACAAAAGGCAUUCGAAUUAACAAAACUCAAAUAUCCACAUGUUGUUCCUCUCGGUUGCUGUGCACAUAUCCUUAACUUGUUGUGCCAAGAUAUUGUAAAGAUACAAGAAGUAACUGUGUUUAUUAUGCAAGCCAUAAAUAUAAUAAAAACUGUUAAAAGGAGUCAACGAUUAAGUUCCUUGUUGAUAAAAUCAAGGCAGGGUGAAGAUUCUACACAAACACUAAAAUUGCCUUGUGCUACAAGAUGGGGAAGUCAUGUUACUUCGUUAAAAAGUUUGAAAGCAAAUAAGAUAGCUUUGCAAAUAUUAACAGUUAGAGAAGAUGUGGUAAUUUCAAGAGAUAUUAAAGAUUUAAUUCUAAGUGAUGAUUUCUGGACGAAGACAGGGGAAUGUAUAAGUAUUUUGGAACCAGUCACUGAAAGCAUAUUUUACUUAGAGAGCGACCAGAAUCGUUUGCAUCGCACAUACAUUACAUUUAGAGAUGUACAAGCUAAGAUACGUUUUGCAUUAAAUGAGAUUUCGACAUUGAGCGAAGAAAGCAAACAGCAGAUUCUAACAUCAGUAUCUUCAAGAUGCAAUAUGGCAAUGAGGCCAAUACAUUUUGCAGCAUAUAUUCUAGACCCCAGGACUCUAGGAGUCGAACUUACUCAAGAGGAAGAACUUAAGGGUAUGGAGUUUAUCUACAAUUUAAGCCAACACUUAAGUUUGUCAAAUGUAAUGGCAGAUUUGGCGUGUUAUAAAGCUAAAGAAAACUUUUGGGCCAGAGGAUUUGUAUGGAGCUCAUUAGAUAGCAUUGAGCCCCUAAUAUGGUGGAAAGGUAUUUGUGGUUCCACUGAGUUAAGCAAAGUAGCGAUUCGUAUUCUAUCAGCUCCCUGUACUUCGGCAGCCACUGAGCGUUCCUUUAGUAUCCAAGGCUACAUACAUAAUAACAAAAGAAAUCGACUUACAACUGAAAGAACUGAAAAAAUUUCAUUCAUUUGUUAUAACUGGAAUCUUAAACAUAAAGCUGAAUGCGAGGACAUUCAGUUUAAUGAAGAAAAUACCUUAGAAGCUUUCAUUGAGCAAGUAAAUGAACAUAACAGUUUAGACGAAAUAGAGCCUAUCGAACCUAUACAAUUCAUCGCUUGUAAUAACUCUGAAUCUGACAGUGAUUGACUGUAGUUUUACAUUUUACUUUCAUCUCUUUCUUAAUAAAC